AUGACUGGGUUGAGGCAGUAUCAGAUUCAGAAUCAGCUUUAUUGCCAGAUCCAGGAUGCUACCAGAAUUAAUGGUGGCAUCUACCUAUCCAUUGACAACGCCAAGCUGGCUGCCGAUGACUUCAGGCUUAAGUAUGAGAAUGAGCUGGCCAUGCGUCAGUCGGUGGAGGCCGACAUCGCCGGGCUGAGGACGGUCCUGGACGAGCUAACUCUGAGCCGGACCGACCUGGAGAUGCAGAUCGAGGGGCUGAAGGAGGAGCUGAUCUUCCUCAAGAAGAACCACGAGGAGGAGCUGCUGGCGGUGCGAGCUCAGAUGAGCGGUCAGGUGAACGUGGAGGUGGAUGCGGCUCCAGCAGAGGACCUCAAUAAGGUCAUAGAGGAGGUCAGGGAGUACUACGAAGCCACUGUUGCCAAAAGCCGCAAAGAACUGGAGGUGUGGUUCAAUGCAAAGACAGAAAACCUUCACAAAGAAGUCGCUAUCAGCACAGAAACCCUCCAGUCGUCCAAAUCCGAGAUCACAGAGGUCAAACGAACGCUGCAGAGCCUGGAGACCGAGCUGCAGUCCCAGUUCAGCAUGAAAGCGUCGUUGGAGGCCACCCUGUAUGAGACUCAGAACCGGUACACCAUGCAGCUGACGGGUUACCAGAACCAGUUGACCAUGCUGGAGGAUCAGCUGACGCAGCUGAAGGCCGAGCUGGAGAGGCAGUCCCAGGAGUACCAGAUGCUGCUGGACAUCAAGACCAGGCUGGAGGUCGAGAUUGCCGAGUACAGGAGGCUGCUGGACGGAGAGGCCAGCAGCAGCCUGGUCAUUUCCUCCACCACUUCCACCACCACCAAACAGAAAAUUAUUACUAUUGUAGAGGAGGUGGUGGAUGGAAAGGUGGUGAGCUCCAAAGAGACCGUCAGUCAGAUCCUCUGA